AAAAUAUGAAAAUUUUCGGACUUCUUCCAUCUCCUUGUUUUUGAAAAUUGAAUGAAAUGCUUAGCAUUUCUCUACAUUUUGUAUCAUAAGUGGAGAAAUAUGAGGAAAUCCACCCACGAGAGCUAGUCAUAAUUCAUAAAGACAUUAAAGGGUAGAGUAAGUACAUAAGAUUUUCUCAUUGCUAUUGACCAAGUCCUUUCCAUAUUUUAAUUUGGUAGACAUUUUCAAAUAACCACUUAUAGAAAAAUGCAUUCUUUUAGUCACUCACAUAAAUACUUUGAGUCAGAGUAACAAAAAUACCCUUAUAAGGGGAUUAUCAUUAUCGUAUUAUUAAGAUUGGCGUUCUGCCUUGACCUCUUUAGAGGAGUUUAUUUCUAUUUUCUUCAUCGUUCUUUGCCUUCACUCUAUCAUCAUAUGCUAAUUGGAUAAAAUAAAGUAUGUGAUUGAUGAUCACAUUAUUUGUGUUUAUAACAUGUAGCAAGUAGCAACUCACUGGAACAGCCGAUCAUUUCUACGUUCAACUGUCAGAUUAGAUGAUUCUAUGUUUUUCCUCAUCAAUGUUUGAAAUUGGUGUCGUUUGUGCUUAGAAGAAAAAGAAAAAUAGUAAAAAAGAAAAGAAAUAAUCAAAUUGAAAAGUAAAUUUAUUUUAGAAUUUGAACCCUACGUCGCUAAGAAAAACUAUGUUCUCAUGUCAAAAGUGGUUGGGGAGGCACGUUUGGUAAUGCCAUAAUUGCCAUUGUUCUGCUUCAUCUGGUUUUACUGUUUUCAAAAUUUGAACUAUAUCUACAUAAGCUGGGUCAGUGAAGCACUAGCUUGUUAUAGUAGUGUUAUUUAGUUUAUUCGGUCUUCUUUAAUUUGUGAUUCCUCAUAUCAUAGAUUUCUAACAGAGAAAAAAGUACCAGCAGCUGAUUAAGCACAUCUUCUUGUCUUUUGAUAAUGGACCCAAAGAUGGAUUCAGGUAUUGUAUCUACAUAUUAUUCCGUUGAUGAAGCCAUUGAGAAUGGUGCUGCUCCUAUUCCAUUGAGCUUUGAUAGAACAAGUGAUAUUCAAUGUGUUAUUGAUAUAAUGGAUCAUUUUCUUUCUUGUGAGGCAACAUGGCAUAAAGGAGGUUCGUUAGCGCAAACUGUAUUUUCUUGCAUCUACCUCUUGAGGCCUGAGAGAACAUCAUCGCAUGCCCUGCUGCAUUCUUUCUGCAGAGUUAUACGUGCUACUUGCAGUGCUCUUGUUUCAGCAGUUUCAGAUGCGCGCACAAAUGAAGAAGAAGAUCUUUUUACCAUGGCUUAUGGUCUACCAUUAAAGGUCAAUGGAGAUGAAAAAUGCUUAUCAAUGAUACAUGCAGUGGAUGAAACACUUUGUCGGCAACUGAAGGCUUGUAAAGCACCAGUACCGAAAAAAACAGUUCUCGAAGAUAUAGAGCCUCUGCAAACUCAUCUCGAUCUUGAAGAAGGUUUUUGCAAAGCUGUUUUGUGCCGCAUACGUUUUCGUAAGCACUUUUACCAUGUAUUAACAUGCUUGAGGAAACCCCAAGGAAGAGGCUUGGAGUUGGCAAAGAAACAUAUUAUUUCCUGCUUAUCUGAGCUAGAUUCCAUGCUUAAAACUGAAGAAUUUCUGAGGCACAACUCUGCAUCUGGAACUGUCGAGAAUGAAGAUGAGAAAACAACUGCCUCAGGUUGUCAACCAGUUGGGUUUGAUUCUACAUUAAACAGCAGAUCAGCAGCCCCAACUCCACCCCGUGCAAUUAAACUACUCAGCUGGAAAAAGGCAGUUAAUUAUUUCCAGAAGCUUCUGCGUGAUCUAGAUGUUAUUUGUUCCUACUCAUUAGAUCCUGUUUUUGAAGGCGCCCUGCGCUUUGUGGUUGAUGUUCAGAAGUUUCAACCAGAUUUAGUUGCUAGAGCUCAUAUCCAGCUUCUGCUGGUACAAGAUGGGAAGCUUUAUGGACGUGAAUCUUUGUUUGCUGUCAUUUGCAAGGCUGCCCUAUUACCUGAAGGAGCAAAGAAUCAUGAUAUCCAGAAGAAUGAGAGUGUUCAACAACUAGGGCAGUUACUUAUCACUUUGUUCCGAGUCCUAUGUGCUAACACUGCAUGGCAGAGACGUAAACUAGGGAAGAUCUUACAGGAUUGGCGAAUAAUAUAUGUACAGCUUGAGUUGGCUUUUAGAAAGGAGUUUGGGGAGGCUGCAAGCACUUCAGUUGAACAGGACUCGUUGUUAAAGGUCUGCAAACACAUUCUCCUUUGGGUAGAGGAGCAAACAUAUUGGAUAGCUUUGCGUUUCCUUUUGCUUGGCUUUGAGUUAGAGCUAUAUUCAACCGAAGAAUAUUGCAUGGUCUAUUGGUACAUUUAUGUUGUCCUGAUCAAACUAGCUGAGAAAACCCAUCUCAAAAUAAUGCUGAGCAAUGAUUCUAGUCGACGAAAAUCAAAAAAGAAGAAAGAUUUUGUAAAGGAUGUUGGCAAAGACUAUCAAGUUCCACACGAGGUCCUGGUACUUCAGUGCCAUUUAUACGUUGCACAAGGUCUUAUGAUGAUGCUUGCUUCCUUACGGAACGAAAACAAGAUCUUUUUGUGUCAGGGUCCUUUCAACAGUGAGCAGGAGAGAUUUGUCCAGCACUUUGAGCUGUUGCAGAAGGCUUGCCUUCCUGAUCAUGCGUCUUUCUUUUCCUUCAGUGAGACUGUGGCUAAUACUUGUUUUUCUACUCUAUCCAUGCAUAACUGCUUCAAAGAUGCACAAAAGAUUGCAAAGGAGCUGCGCGGUAGUUUUGCCAACGAUCCAGACAGAUUGGCAGAGCUUCGCCAGAUAGAGCAGGUAGCUGAACAUAACCAUGUUGCUCUAAACCUUCUCUGCCGGUUAGGAAGUCUUGAACCAUCACUCAAAAUUUCCUUCGAUUUUAUUCACCAUCCUCAUUUUGCCACUGCUGCUGUGAAGAGAUCUUGAUGACCUGAAAUUUUUUGAUAUUAUUCACCACCCACAUUUUGAGCCAUUCUACCUUGUUUCCCUUAGCAUUAGUUUUUCGCGUUUCACCAUUGAUUUUUCGACCUUCACCCAAAAAUUGAAAAUAAGAAUUGUAUUAUUAAUUAGAAGGUAGGAGGUUUUUAACGAAUAUACGCCAACCAUAGUCUAGAAGCUUCUCUUGCUAGCAAUUUUGUGAUAUUGAAUUUGGCUCCUACUCAUCACUAUUUUCAUAAACAAUGCAUUUCCGUAAAUGAUAAAAAUUCCCUGUAGAAUUUGUGUAUAAGAAUACAUAUACUCGGAAAAUUCUUCUAUCUUGUUUUUCGUGAUUACAUUACAAUUUGAUCAUGUGUCUUUUAUUAGUUCA